AUGUUCCUCCGCCCGUUUCUUUCCCGCGGGCUCUCCGGCCUCAUACCGCUGGCGAUAGCAGUCACCGUCUAUCUCUACCUCUACCCGAUAUUCCACGGCUGCGCAUUCCCUCUCCCUACGCCCAACAAUGCCGGAAUCCUGCCCAGCGGCUUCCUCUCAACCAUUCGACAACACCUCUCCCCGCAAGCCGAGUUUGACUCCGCCAACCGGCCGGCCAUCUUCCGACUCCUCGUUCUAGCCGACCCCCAACUGGAAGGCGACAGUUCCCUCCCCAAACCCGAAGACAAGCUCCUAGCGCGCAUCAAAGCCUACCGGUCGUCCGUACAAUCCGCGAUCGAGGACGCGCCGGCCCCGUCACCUCUACACGGGGAUGUCGUGCGCGCCGUUUUUGCCGCGCUCCGUUCUCUAGCCCUGGACGACGUGCCUCGCUCGUUGCGUGCCGCGCGCAAACGCCUCGACCUGCUCGGAAAUGACUAUUAUUUAGCUCAUAUCUACCGGACCCUACAUUGGUGGACGCGUCCAACCCAUGUCACCGUGUUGGGCGACCUCAUUGGCAGUCAGUGGGUGACGGACGAGGAAUUCGACCGUCGCGGUCAUCGAUACUGGGAGAGGGUGUUUAAGGGCGGCGAGCGAGUGAGCGAUGCCCUCACUGGUGUCGACACCACCAACACUGGGGACGGAAAUGCGGUCGACCCCGCGGAGACCCUGCUGAACGCUACCGACUCGACGUGGACGCAGCGUAUCAUCAAUAUCGCAGGGAACCAUGAUAUUGGGUAUUCCGGGGAUGCCAGCGAAUCUCGAAUCGAGCGGUUUGAGCGCGUGUUCGGGCCUGCGAACUGGGAUAUCCGAUUUCGACAUCCGGUGCAGCAGACGAAGGAGGAAGAGAGCCAGAGCCCUGACGCUCCUCUCACCCCAACCCUCCACCUAAUCAACCUGAACACAUUGACGCUCGACACGCCGGCGUUCUCCACAGACGUGCAAUCCCGCAGCUACGAGUACAUCAACGACCUCAUCACCCACCGCACGUACCCUGUCGACGACCGCGCCACGUUCACGCUCUUGCUCACGCAUCUCCCGCUACACAAGCGCAAGGGCAUCUGCACCGACGAACCGCAUUUCACCUUCCACGAGUCAGAAGAUGAGAACGGGCCUGACGAUGUCCCCCGCUUCUAUGAGGGCGGGCUGCGCGAGCAGAACCAUCUCAGCGAACAUGUCAGCGCGAACGGCGUCCUCCAGGGUAUUUUCGGGAUGACGGGAGAUGAAGACGCCUCUGGGGGUGGAUUGGGUCGGAACGGUCUGAUUCUGACCGGGCAUGACCAUACGGGCUGCGAUGUGGUUCAUUACGUUGAUCGAACGGUUGAGGAAAAAGAACCGUCCACAGAUGCGGAUGAGACCUCGACAGAUGACGAUAACAAUGACAAUGACAAUAACGAAACCCCAGCCUGGAAAUGGAACGCUCGACGAUACCACCGCUACAGCUCGUCGGACGCCCGCUCUGACUCUCCGUCUAUUCGCGAAGUUACGCUGCGUUCCAUGAUGGGCGAAUACGGCGGCAACGCGGGUCUCUUGUCGCUUUGGUUCGACGCUGAUCCCGCUGUCGGGGAAUGGAAAUACGAAAUCACCAUGUGCAUGGCUGGCGUGCAACAUGUCUGGUGGGCGGUUCAUGUGCUUGACUUGGUGGUGGUGAUUCUGGUGGUCGUUUAUCUGGCUAUGGGAGCUGUUGGGUCGCGGAAGCCGCAGAUCCAGACCCAGGUCCAGAAACAGAAACCUGCGAGUGCGGAUGAGAAGAAGCAGGUUCAAGAGAAGGUGCAGGAGAAGACGAAGUCAUGA